AUGAAGGGAAUUUGGAGGUUUGGAAAGAGGGCGAAAUUGAGUCCAAGAUUUAUUGGCUCAUUUGAGAUUCAUGAGAGAGUAGGUCAGGUAGCUUAUCAAUUUGCAUUACCUCCUGCUCCAUCUGGGGUUCAUAACGUGUUUCAUGUCUCCAUGCUUCGAAAAUAUGUAUCUGAUACAACUCAUGUAUUAAGUUAUGAAGAUAUUACUAACCUGUCAUAUGAAGAACAACCAGUUCAGAUCCUGGACAGGAAGGAAAAGGUAUUGCGGAAGAAGACUAUUCUGCUAGUUAAAGUGUUGUGGCGAAAUAGCGAGGUAGAAGAAGCGACUUGGGAGUUAGAGUUGCAGAUGCGAGAGCAGUAUCCCGAGCUUUUUAGGUAA